CACAAUGUCGUUGUGAAAACCUCCUAGACUUGUCAUAUUUGUCAUCGUCUCAAAACCUAUAUAACUCAUCACGAACUUAUCAUUUAUCAAGUCUGGUGUGCACAACAAAGGCAAAUAAUUAAAAGGAUCUAAAGAGUUGAAAGACAAUAUCCAUACAUCACCAGAUAUUUUAAAGAUGGCUGGAGGAGGAGCUUAUGUUCAUCAUAUUAAAUCAAGGAAUUAUUAUGAGGACAAAGUCACAACUUACGUAUUGGUCUCUUGCUUCGUGGCUGCCAUGGGAGGUCUUCUCUUUGGUUACGACCUUGGGAUCACCGGAGGUGUAACUUCCAUGGACCCAUUCUUGCUCAAGUUCUUCCCUUCUGUGUACAAACAAGUCAAGGAUGGAUUAAAAGGCCAUAAGUGCACGUACUGCAAAUACAACAAUGAGCUCCUUACAUUGUUCACCUCAUCUCUAUACCUCGCAGCAUUGAUAGCCUCUCUCUUUGCCUCUAACACCACAAGAAUUCUGGGCCGUAAAACCUCCAUGUUUCUUGGAGGAUUGUUCUUCCUUGUCGGUGCCUUGUUGAAUGGUUUUGCCAUAAACGUUCACAUGCUCAUCGUUGGCCGUCUGUUGCUAGGUUUUGGCGUGGGAUAUUGUAAUCAAUCUGUUCCGGUGUAUUUAUCUGAAAUGGCUCCGCCAAAUAUCAGAGGCGCAUUGAACAUGGGAUUCCAGAUGAUGAUAACAAUAGGCAUUUUGAUAGCAAAUUUUAUCAACUAUUUAACUGCUGAGCAUGAACAUGGAUGGAGAAUUUCUUUAGGUGUAGGAGCAGCACCGGCUCUUCUGUUGUGUGUUGCGUCUCUUUUCUUGGGUGACACGCCAAACUCCAUGAUCGAAAGAGGAGAAUAUGGUCAAGCUAAGAUUAUAUUGCAGAAGAUUCGUGGAACCCAGAAGGUGGACGACGAGUUUCAAGAUCUCAUCGACUUGAUUGAAGUGGCUAGGCAGGUGGUACAUCCUUGGAAAACCAUCACACAACAUAAAUAUAGACCUCAACUCACACUCUGCUCUCUCAUUCCAUGCUUCCAACAACUCACAGGCAUCAACGUCAUCAUGUUUUACGCGCCUCUCCUUUUCCAGACUCUCGGUUUCGGCGGCGAUGCUUCUCUAAUGUCCGCCGUUAUCACCGGCAGCGUCAAUGUCAUCGCCACCAUUAUUUCUAUUUUCUCCGUGGACAAGUUUGGAAGAAGGAUCUUGUUCCUUGAAGGUGGCAUUCAAAUGUUUCUUUGUCAGAUUUCUGUGGGGCUCAUGAUAGCUAUGAAGUUUGGAGUUAAAGGAGAAGGGUCGUUCAGCAAAGGUGAAGCUGACCUGCUUUUAUUCAUCAUAUGCUUGUUCGUUGCAGCGUAUGCUUGGUCUUGGGGACCUUUGGGAUGGUUGGUGCCGAGUGAAAUAUGUCCUCUUGAGGUUCGAUCUGCGGGACAAGCUAUAAAUGUUGCAGUGAACAUGUUUUUCACAUUCGCCAUAGCUCAAGUCUUUCUUUCCAUGCUUUGCCACUUUAAGUUCGGUCUGUUCUUCAUCUUUGCUGGACUUGUCACCGUAAUGACAAUUUUCGUGGCUUUGCUUCUCCCGGAGACAAAGAAUGUGCCUAUUGAAGAAAUGAACCGAGUCUGGGGCACACAUUGGUUUUGGAGAAGGUUUGUUCCUGAAGAUGUUGUUGCCAGUGAUAGUGGCCACAAUCACAAGCCUAGUCCUUAAAAUAUGUGAAUUGAAUGAUGAGAGGCGAAGAAGUGAUGAGAAUAAUAUAAAAAGUCAAAAUCCUAUUUGAGAUUGGACUCAUUCUUUCGCAGCCUGCACGUUUUAUACUUUGUAGAUUUAAGCCUCAUUAAUCUGCAAGUCACAAUUACUGAGGUAUUGGAGAGGAAGAUCAGAGAUGAUGGUUGCUCGGCUAUGCAAGGAAUAUUACUGGUUGGGCUUGAGAAAUGUUGGGAAGCGAGAUUUUGAAGGAUUGAACUAGAAGUAGAUUCUGCAACAACAUUGAGUCAGAUCAAAAGCGAAUGGAAAGUAAAUUGAAGAUAUCACCACCAAUACUUCAGAUCAGCAACUUAGCGUAAUUAUUAAACCACCUUCAGAGUGUUUAGCCAUCAUGAGCUACGAUUUUAGAUCGAUACAGAUCUGCUGACGAGGGUUACUUUAAUUACCUUGUA